GCGGACGACGACAUCAUAUACUUUCUCGCCCCAUUUUUAUUAUAACAAAAGAUGUCUGACGCUGGAGAUGCCAUCGAGGUUGAGGUCGCCCAUGAGGAGGUCGCCGUCGCGCAGGACGCUCCCAAGGGCAAGAUGAGCGUCGAGGAUGCUCUUCAGCAAGUCCUGAAGAACGCUCUGACCCACGAUGGUCUCGCCCGCGGUCUGCGCGAGUGCACCAAAGCGCUCGACAAGCGCCAGGCUCAUCUCUGCGUGCUGGUCGAGACCUGCACUGAGGCUGAGUACCUGAAGCUCAUCGAGGCCCUAUGCGCCGAGCACAAGAUUUCGCUCAUCAAGGUAUCCGACGCCAAGGUGCUCGGAACCUGGGCUGGUCUGUGCAAGAUCGACCGUGAGGGCAACCCACGGAAGGUUGUUGGCUGCACUUGCGUUGUCGUCAAGGAUUAUGGUGUGGAGUCCGAAGGUCUCCAUGUCCUCCUCGACUAUUUCAAGAACCGCUAAAUGGAACGUUCGUCUCAUGCUGGGGGAUAUUGAUUGCGGUCAUGUACUACCUUAGCGACGUUGCACACCAUAAUCUAUGAGGGCCUUUCCAU